GCCUAAUAAAGAGCGAGAUGUAGUGGUAUACCAGUACUAAUCAGCAGUGAGGACACUUGUAAUUGAUGAAAAAGCGAGUGUGACGUUCCCAAGAAAAAGCGAGUGUGUAUAGCCUUUAGAUAUAGAGAGAGAAAACUAGAGAGCUGUAUAGCCUGCAUUGUUGCAGGUUUCGUUGCAGAGCUUGAAAGACUGUGUUUUAACUUUAUCUUCUGAAAUACUAGUAUUUCUCUCUCUCUAAAAUCUAUAAUGACCAAGAAGAUAGGAUAGAUACACUCUCUCCCAUACUGGGUGGUAAGGAGUCACUCAAUGCUCACUGGUAUUUAGCGGGUUUCUGCCAGAAUGAUGUGAUUGAACAAGCAGGCUCUUGGGUACAUCGUAAAAAUAUCCCAUUUUUGUAUGAACUUUCUUGUAAAUAUUCUCUCUUGUUCUUCCACUCCGUUGUCUGAGAAUUUUCGCAAUUCGAUUGCGUCGUCGUUCGAUGUCGGUGACCCACCUGGCUUUCGUGUUCUGCUUGUUCCUCGGAGUACGGUGACGGGUUGUUUCAAAGCAUUUCCAGAAUCAAAUCUCUUCUAACUUGCCUGCAUUUUUAUGUAGUAGUGACCCGAUUGUUCUUCCAAAUCAGUAAUGGCGUUUUGGUUUGACCUCCAUCGAAGUCAUUCUCUGCAAGUUCUGGUUUUUCUGGUGUUUCUCGUCUGUUUGAGCUUUGGUAUCGUGGAUUCAGAAGACGGGGCAACACUGUUGGAGAUCAAGAAGUCAUUCAGGGAUGUGGACAAUGUGUUGUAUGACUGGACAGAUUCACCAUCUUCAGACUAUUGUGUGUGGCGAGGGGUAAUGUGUGACAAUGUCACCUUCAAUGUUAUUGCACUUAAUCUCUCUGGAUUGAAUCUUGAUGGGGAAAUUUCACCUUCAAUGGGUGACCUGAAAAGCCUACUCUCCGUUGAUUUAAGGGGAAAUUGCCUUUCUGGACAGAUCCCAGAUGAGAUUGGGGAUUGCUCGGCUUUGAAAAGCUUGGACUUGUCAUUCAACGCGUUGAAUGGAGACAUACCAUUUUCAAUUUCAAAGUUGAAGCAACUAGAAUACCUGAUAUUGAAAAAUAAUCAGUUGAUUGGUCUCAUUCCUUCAACCUUGUCUCAGAUUCCAAACUUGAAGAUUUUGUAA